CACGUAAAAAGGUUGUCAUCAAUUGAGGCCGGGAAGGAAAGUUACUUACAGGUUAUUUAAAACUGAUUUUGGGAUUGGGGAUAAAAAAUCAGCUAUGGCGUCUCAAAGGUGGUGGUCCAAAGAUACUGUAGCGGUUGUGACGGGAGGGAACAAAGGUAUUGGGUUUGAAAUCGUAAGGCAACUAGCAAAGAAAGGCAUCAGUGUCGUGCUCACGGCGCGGGAUGAGAAGCGAGGCCUGGCAGCGCAGGCAAAGCUUAAGUCCGAGAACUUGCAUGUCGAGUUUCGGGAGCUUGAUGUGAGCAGCAGCGAUUCCGUGGCCGGCUUGGCCAGUUGGCUCGAGAAGGAGUACAAAGGUUUUGACAUUCUGGUGAACAAUGCUGCCGUCGUUGGAAACGAGUUUAGUUUCCAAGCUGUGAAAAACCUCGUAGAUACAAACUACGAUGGCGUGAAGAGAACCACGCGAGUUUUAUCGCCGCUACUUAGGCCCAGCCAAGCAGGAGCUCGGAUCGUCAACAUCAGCUCUCAACUCGGCCAACUCCAUAGGCUUGGCAUUGAAUCUUACAAAAAGAAACUCACAGACAUAGAAAACCUGUCCAGCGAAGUGAUCGAUUCAUUCGUGGACGACUACCUCUCCGCCGUGAGAGACGGCAAAGUGGAGGCCAGCGGUUGGCCGCGGGGCAUUUUCGGAGCCUACACGGUCUCAAAGAUUGCUCUCAACGCCUACACUCGCCUAGUCGCUCGAGACGUCCAGCGAGAAGGACGCCAGCUCUACGUUAACUGCGUCCAUCCGGGCUACGUCAAGACGGACCUAAACAACAACCGAGGCUUUCUCUCCACCGAGCAAGGCGCGGACACCGCAGUGUGGCUUGCGCUCGUGCCUGCUAACGAGCAGAGCUCCGGGGAUUUCUUCUACGAAAGGAAAAAGUACGAGUUCUAAAGCUCAUCAAGCUUUUAUCAAGCUGCGUGGAAAUGAUCUAGAUAUGUUCAUAGCUGAGUAAAUUAUUGUACAAGAUAUUUAAAUGAAUGUUUAUUUUGUUGUCAGUGUU